CCAGCCACGCGGGCCGACUUCGAGAUUGCCGUCAUCUGCGCUCUCCCAAUUGAAGCCGAUGCCGUCCACGCCCUUUUCAACCGCCACUGGGACGAUGACGGGCCGCCCUACGACAAAGCCCCAGGCGACCCUAACGCGUACUCCACCGGCGCUAUCGGCCGCUACAACGUCGUCCUCGCACAUAUGCCAGGCAUGGGCAAGGCUAGCGCCGCGGCCGUCGCCGCCAGUUGCCGCGCGAGCUUCCCCAGCAUCAAGCUCGCCCUCAUCGUCGGCGUUUGCGGUGUCGUUCCCUUCCGUCCCGGCAGCAGCGGGACGGCCGAGACCGUACUCGGCGACGUUAUCGUGAGCGAUGGUGUCGUACAGUACGACCUUGGACGGCGACUACCCGGACAGUUUGUGCAGAAAGACACGCUUCUGGACACCCUGGGCAGGCCGAACACCGAGAUCCGCGCGCUACUCGCCAAGCUC